GGAGCUGAUGAGAGGUUAUGGAAGGGAAUUGAGGGCUUGGGAUGAGGAAGAAGGGGAAGAAAGAGAUGAAACAAGUUAUUUUAGGAUGAGAGCGACGACGAGGAGUGAUUUUGAGGUGGGGUUUGUUGGGAAUGGAUGAUUCGAACUGGGCUGGGGAGCUCUAUUUACUCUUGAUUUUAAUCAUGAAGUGGAACUACAUGAAGAGAGAGAAGCUGAUAAGGGAACUCAAUUUAUUCCCCAAAGAUGCAGAGGCGGUCAAUGGCAUGGAUUGGGAGGGUGAGUCCACAAAGAAACUUGUGGAGAGACGUCUGAGGUUCCCUGGUAUUGAUUACUCCGAUGCAUCGGUUAAGGACCUGAGUCAACAUGCCGGCUACUACAAGCUUAGGCACUCUCUCGCUGCUAGGAUGUUCUACCUAUUCUUUGAAUCACGCGACAGCAGGAAGGACCCUGUUGUCAUCUGGUUGACUGGAGGGCCAGGGUGUGGUAGUGAAUUGGCUCUUUUUUAUGAAAAUGGGCCCUUCACUAUUGCCGCAAACAUGUCUCUUAUGUGGAAUGACUGGGGUUGGGACAAGAUAUCAAACCUAUUAUAUGUUGACCAACCCAUUGGGACUGGCUUUAGUUAUAGCUCCGAUCUACGUGACAUUCGCCACAAUGAAGAGGCCAUCAGUAAUGACCUAUUUGACUUCUUGCAGGCCUUCUUUGAGGAGCAUCCUUUGUUUACAAACAAUGACUUUUACAUAGCUGGAGAAUCGUAUGCUGGGCACUAUAUUCCUGCUUUGGCUGCUCGAAUUCAGCGAGGGAACAAAGCUAAAGGAGGAAUUCACAUAAACCUUAAGGGAUUUGCAAUUGGUAACGGCCUUACUAAUCCUCAAAUCCAGUACAAAGCAUAUACAGAUUAUGCAUUAGAGAUGGGGAUGAUUGAAAAACCUGAUUAUGACCGUAUCAACAAGGUGCUUCCUGUGUGUGAGAUGGCAAUAAAGCUUUGUGGCACUGAUGGGACAAUCUCUUGCAUGGCUUCAUAUUUUGUUUGCAAUUCCAUAUUCAGUAAAAUCAUGGCCCUUUCUGGUGACACGAAUUACUAUGACAUAAGAAAGACGUGUGAGGGGAGCCUCUGCUAUGACUUCUCAAACAUGGAGAAAUUCCUGAACCAGAAACCUGUAAGAGCUGCUCUUGGAGUUGGGGACAUAGAAUUUGUACCAUGUAGCCCUGCUGUGUAUCAGGCUUUGCUAAUGGACUGGAUGAGGAAUCUUGAAGUUGGUAUUCCUGAUCUUCUAGACGAUGGAAUCAAAUUGCUUGUAUAUGCUGGAGAAUAUGACCUGAUCUGCAAUUGGCUUGGUAACUCAAGAUGGGUGCAUGCCAUGGAAUGGGGUGGUCAACUAGAGUUCCAAGCGGCUCCUGAAGUUCCUUUUGUAAUUGGUGAUUCAAAAGCUGGACUGAUGAAAAUCCACGGCCCUCUUACCUUCCUCAAGGUCCAUGAUGCUGGUCACAUGGUUCCCAUGGAUCAGCCCCGAGUUGCACUGGAGAUGCUCAAGAGGUGGUUUGAAAACAAACUUCCUGAAAACACACCUGCUGAAUCAAAGGAGGCAGAAGAAAGGGUUGCUCAAAUGUGAUUCCCUCUGUUGUAUUGAAGCCUAUAUCUUUUUUUAUAUUACACAGUUGAAUAAUUUGGGCAUGCUGUCCUUGAAUUCUCAGUGUGCUUGUAAAUAAUUUGCCCACAGCCCACAGUCUACAGCCCACAGCUAGGAAUUCUGGAUAAAAUUUUGGUAUUUUGUUGGUUAUGAAACAUUUCUUAGCAGCUCAUGAUGUAACACAAAUUUCUUUUUGGGAAUAAGAAUGCAUGCAGCCUGUGCCCUUGUUAUCUUA